UGACCCCGUCGUCAUCCGAAGCCGCCGCGAAAGAAGCAUCUUGAGGCGCGCACCUGCUGCCUCGCCCCUGACCUUCCCAUGGCGCCGCCGUUCGCCGUCGCCGCAGUUUCCUCCUCAUCCCCUCUCUUCUCCUCCUCGUCAUCCCGCCCCAUCCUCCGCGGCCACCCGCCGCUGGGUUAUAUCUCCGUGCGGCCACGGCACCGCUCGGCUGUGGCCUCCGCCGCGGCGACCGAGUCCGCUGGAAAGCUCCUUCUCGAGGUACACGGGCUUACCGCCUCCGUCAAGGAGACUGGGCAGCAGAUCCUAAAAGGCGUCGACCUCACCAUCCGCGAGGGCGAGGUUCAUGCGAUCAUGGGGAAGAACGGCUCCGGCAAGAGCACCCUCACAAAGGUUCUUGUUGGCCAUCCACACUACGAGGUAACUGGUGGUACCAUUCUCUUCAAGGGUGAGAACUUAAUUGACAUGGAGCCAGAGGAAAGAUCUCUUGCAGGCCUCUUUAUGAGCUUCCAAGCGCCUAUUGAAAUUCCUGGAGUGAGCAAUUAUGAUUUUCUGCUCAUGGCAAUAAAUGCUCGCAGAGAGAAGGACGGUCUCCCAGCUUUGGGACCUCUUGAGUUCUAUUCUGUUGUAUCACAAAAAGUCGAGGCCUUAAAGAUGGAGCCAAAGAUCCUUGAUCGUAAUGUAAACGAAGGAUUUAGUGGUGGAGAAAGAAAGCGCAAUGAGAUACUGCAACUUUCUGUCCUUGGGGCUGAUUUAGCCCUCCUCGAUGAAAUCGAUUCUGGAUUAGAUGUUGAUGCACUUGAAGAUGUAGCUCAUGCAGUGAAUGGGCUCUUGACUCCCCAAAACUCCGUCCUGAUGAUUACACAUUACCAACGUCUUUUGGAUCUUAUUAAGCCUAGCUAUGUUCACAUCAUGGAAAGUGGCAAGAUAGUGAAGACAGGUGACAGCUCUCUAGCCAGCCACAUCAACGAGGGUGGCUACAAAUCAAUUGCUUAUUUUGUAUAGCAUGAAUAAGCAGGUACCUACUGGACUUGCCAUUGCAUUAAGCACAGUUGCUCGGAGGAAGAAUACUAUUUUCUUCACUAGUUGGGUGUGGUGGACUAUGCAAAAAGUUUCUUAGGUGCAAUCCAGGCAAAUGGUCUAGACUAUUAUCCUUUAUCCGCCAGCCACUAAUGGUGAGUGGCUACUGACUUAGCCGUUCCUGUUGCAUCGCAUUCUUUGCAUUUUUUUUCAAUGCUAACGCAUCCAAUAACAACCGAAUCUUUCUGAGUUGCUGCCGCCUCCCUUCCUGGCCAUGCAAGUUGACCUCGACUUCAUCAAUAUGAUACUCGGUGGUGGACUUUGUCAUGAUUACUUGCAAUCAAAGAUGAACUCUGAAUAAAAAUUUAAGUCGGUGUGAAAAAGGGUGAAAACUGGAUAAUUUUGGAAGUCAGUCAAAAUUUCCUUCUAUGAAAGUAGUCAAGUGUUCUUACUUUGCUGGAGUAGAAUACAUUGCCAUGAUUUGUUUUUUUAUACACAUGGUUUGUUUUAUUCAUCUCUA